AUGGCGGCGGGAGGCGUGUGGGUGUUCCGGAAGGACGGCGUGAUGGAGCAGGACGCAUCGACGACGGCGAAGAGCAAGGCGCUGGUGUACAUGCCGGCCAACGAGCCGAUGAGGUCGCUGCCGGCGCUGGAGCGGCGGCUGGGGUCGCUCGGGUGGGAGCGCUACUACGAGAACAUCGCCGUGGUGCAGCUUCACAGGCCGGACGGCGGCCUCGACCUCAUCACUCUCCCGCGCGACUUCGCCAGGCUGCGCUCCACCCACAUGUACGACGUCGUCAUCAAGAACCGAGGCCACUUCAGGGUCGUCGACCACGUCUACUAA